CGAAACCACUGUAACUGCCGACAGCUCCCACAACCAAGUGAACCAACAUUAUAUAAAAGACGAAUAUUGACUAUACUUCUUAGUACGGUACAGAAAACCAGACCCUUAAGAAGCAUCCUAUCUUAAUUCCUUUCAUCUUUUCUAGGCUUCUAGCUAGCAGUCCGUUUAGCAGUCAUGGCCGAGAAGGAGAAGGUGACAAUGAUGGUGCUAGAUGUGAACCUGCAGUGCCCAAAGUGCUUCAAGAAGGUCAAGAAAGUUUUCUGUAAAUUCCCUCAAAUACGAGACCAGGUGUAUGAUGAGAAGGCAAACAAGGUGACAAUUAAGGUGGUGAGCUGCUCGCCGGAGAAGAUCAGGGACAAGUUAUGCUGCAAGGGUGGUGGAUGCAUCAAGAGCAUUGCGAUACCUCCGUCUCCGCCUCCGCCUAAGCCUAAGCCUCCGCCUGAGCCUAAGCCUCCGCCUGAGCCUCCGACAGACCCCACAGACGACCCUGUAACAGCGCCACCAACAAGCGACGACGACUAAACAAGUAAUUCGCGUUACCCGCCACCUGCUUCUCCGGUAAUCGGGUUUUGGUGUAGUGAAGGCUCUAGUCAUAGUGGAAUGCCUGGGAACCCGUGUUACCAUGGUGGGCCAGUCCAAUAUGUUGGUUAUUAUGGAAGACCAAUUUACGACAGCUGGGGUACCGGCUGCUGCGAUUACUUUAGUGAAGAAAAUAAACAGAGCUGCUCAAUCAUGUAAACUUGCCAAUUGCGUGAUUUUUUUUUUUUAAUAUUUGUGGGCAUCCGCCCAUUGCGUGCUUGAUCAUUAUGGAUCAUCUUUCAUUCGCCUCUGUUGAAUGAUGCAUGUGAUUUUUAUUUUUUAAAAAAUUUAAUCAGCAGGAACAUAAAUUUCUUAAUUAAGAGCAGUAAGAGCGUAUGUGAUU